AUGUCGCCCCCUGCCGCGGAGACCCCUCCCCAAGCCACAUCCGGGGUGGGCACAGGGCUGCUGGGCCCCUUCAGCUGUGUAGCAGAAGUUCCGGGGGCCUCAAGGCUCCUCGUGGACCUGAUGGGGCUGCCAGGGGCCAGCAAGCACAUCUUCAUCCUCAUCUUCCUCCUGCUUUGCCCUCUGGGCGCCUCCUGCAGACAUGGCAGCUGCUGCUUUGAGAAGCCACCAUACCCAGAUGGAGUCUCAGGCUCCUCCCUGGGACCCAGGAAUCUGAGCUGCUACAGGGUUUCCGGGCCAGAGUACGAGUGCUCCUGGGAGUAUGAUGGCUCUGAGGACAAUGUCACUCAUUUCCUGAGGUGCUGCUUCAAGCCAAGUGGUUGCUGCUACUUCCCCGCGGGGCUGAAAAGGACUGUGAAGUUCUCGGAACAGGCCGGUGUCCCUGUACUGUCCAACGUCACGUUCUGGGUGGAGUCUCGGCUCGGUGACCGCACUCUGAAGUCCCUGGAGAUAUCCCUGUGCCUGUCCAACUGGAGUGAGUUCUCUGUCCCCUUGUCCCACAUCGUAGUUUCACGACCAGGCGGACAGUUACGCAUGGACUGGAAUGUUUCUUCUCAUGAGGCCGGUGCUGAGGUGCAGUUUAGGCGCCGGAUGCCCACAACGAAUUGGAAAUUGGUUGACUGCAAACCUCAGGAUCAUUCUGGCUUGGGUGUGAUUGUGGACUCUCAUGGCAGCAGUUCUGAGUCCUACCUCUGCCCUUCAGAGACCAUGGCCCAGGAGUUCCAGCUACGGCGGCGGCGGCGGCUCUCCUCAGGGGCCCCUGGAGGUCCCUGGAGUGCUUGGAGCAAAGCUGUGUGUGUCCCACCUGAGCCCCUCCCCCAGCCGGAGGUCAAGUUCGAGGUGGAACUGGGCCAAGACGGAAGGCGGCAGCUGACCACGCAGGGGCAGUGGCUGCAGCAGGCAGUCCCCAAGGGCUGCCUGAAGAUCAAGUCAGAGGCUUGGGUGUCCUACGUGGUGCACGUUCGCAUGCUGUCCUGCAUGUGCCAGGCUCGGGCCUCGUGGAAGGUGCCCCUGGGCAAGACGCUGAACCUCUCCGAGGCUGCCUACAAGUUGGUCGUGGUCGCCAAGACUCGCUUCGGGCGCAGCUCCUAUCAUACGUGGCGACUUCCUGCUCAGGAGAUUGCAGAGACAAGAACCCUGAAUGUCAGCGUAGAAGGCAACGUGACGUCUGUUCACUGGGCAGCCCGGGCCCCGGGCACCACCUACUGCGUCGAGCGGCAGACGCGGGGCGCUGACAGGAACCUCACGCACUGUACCCUAAUCGCGCCAGAAGAUGGGGACUCAGGCGAGACGGUGAUGCACAGCUGGAGCCCCGAGUCCGCCCGGGAGCAGGAGGAGUGUCACCGCGUCACUAUCUUCGCCUCCAAGAACCCCCAGAACGCAGAGCAGUGGUCCACGGUCCUGCGGGGUUACUACUUUGGGGGUAACGCCUCAGUGACCGGGAUCCCGCGCCACGUGUCGGUGAGGAACCACAGCGGGGACUCCGUGUCUGUGGAGUGGACGCCGUCGAAGCUGAGCGCCUGCCCGGGAGUUCUCACGCGAUACGUCGUGCGCUGCGAGACUGAAGAUGGCACAGGGGUGUCAGAGUGGCUCGUGCCACCCACAAAGACCCAAGUGACACUUCAGGGACUGCGCAGUGGCGUGAUGUACAAGGUGCAAGUGCGAGCCGACACUGCUCGACUCCCAGGCGCCUGGAGCCGCCCACAGAGCUUCAGCUUUGGGGUGCAGAUUUCCCGUUUAUCCAUCGUUUUCGCAUCUCUGGGGAGCUUCGCCAGCGUCCUCCUCAUGGGCGGCCUCGGAUACAUCGGCUUAAACAGGGUCGCCUGGUAUCUGUGCCCACCUCUGCCUACACCCUGUGCCAGCACGGCUGUGGAGUUCCCUGGCAGCCAGGGCAAGCAGGCUUGGCAGUGGCUCAACCCUGAGGACUUCCCAGAGACCUUGUGCCCUCGAGAGACGCUGGUGGUGGAGACGCCCCCGGACGGAGAGGACGAGACAGAGUCCCCCCAGGCCGCCUCUAAUCCCAGCCUGGACACAACGGGGCCCUUGGAGACCCGGCGCCUGAGCUGGGAGGACUGUCCCGGUGGCGGCCUGGCCCAGGUGACACUCCCGCUGCUCCUGGGAGACGUGGCUCAGGGAGCCCCCGAUCUUUGGUGGCUCCAGAAGACCGAGGAGCCGGGACUGCCUACCUAUCCUUUGGGACAAGAGGACUGACUGUCGCAUCUCCAGCCUCCCCCUAAACCGCAGC